GACAGCGCCCGCCCCAUGCACGCGCGAUCCCGCCCGGCGUUUCAACCUCAGCCGCCCGCAGGGCCCGCGCUCGCGCGCCCCCUCCGCGCGCCUCACCCCGCGCUCGCGCGCCCCCUCCGCGCGCCUCACCCCGCGCUCGCGCGCCCCUCUCCGGAGCUACCCGCCCCGCGCACGCGCGCCCCGCUCCUCAGAGAGGAGGGCUCCUCCCGCCCCGCGCACGCGCCGCACGCGCCGCACGCACCCCGUGUCCCGCUUACGCGCAGGCCCCGCGGCCAAUGGGCGACGCCGCCGCUUAUCUGCCCGGCGUGCGCCGGGGCGCGUCAGUCAGUCGGGGCCCUGGGCUGUCGCCGCCGCGGGUGCUGGGCCCGCGCAGGUGCUCAGGAGGCCGUGCGUCCCCUCGGCGCGCCCGCGUCCUCCCCGACCCCGACCCGCGCUCCGGCCCGUCGGCCGCAGCGCCUUCCCUCCGGCGCCAUGUCGCGGAGCGGGACCCCCGGGCUGCAGGAGGAGAACCUGCAGGGCUCUUGGGUCGAGCUGCACUUCAGCCACGGCUUGAACGGGAGCGGCGUCCCCGCCUCGGUCUCUCUCUAUAAUGGUGACCUGGAGAAAAUACUGCUGGACGCUCAGCAUGAAUCUGGACGGAGCAGCUCCAAGAGCUCUCACUGUGACAGCCCGCCUCGCUCACAGACUCCACAGGAUAAUAACAGAGCUUCAGAGGCAGAUUCCCACAGCGUCGGGGAGAAGAACAGUGUCCAGUCCGAGGAAGACUACUUGGAGAGGAGGAAGGAGGUGGAGAGGAUCCUGAAGAAGAACUCGGACUGGAUCUGGGACUGGUCGAGCCGGCCGGAAAAUGUGCCCCCCAAGGAGUUCCUCUUCAGACACCCGAGGCGCGCCACCGCCCUGAGCAUGAGGAACACGAGCGUCAUGAAGAGGGGCGGCAUCUUCUCGGCCGAGUUCCUGAAGGUGUUCCUCCCGUCCCUGCUGCUUUCCCACCUCCUGGCCGUCGGACUGGGGAUCUAUAUUGGAAGGCGCCUGACCACCUCCACCAGUACCUUCUGAGGAAGAACUGGAAUCCGGCUUUUUUCCCCUGCGGGGCUUAGCGGAGCUUGCAGCGCAGCUGGCCGGGGAGCUGUCACAGUCCUGGGGCGGUGCACAGUUUGUGUGUGUUCUGUAAAUGCUGUGUUCCUGACUUAGUAAAAUGAAAGAGAAGACACUAAAAUCAUGCUGAUCUAUACUCAUACGUAUGGAAUCAAUGAAUAAGCAUGCCAUACUGAUUAAUAUCUACUGUAAUAAUUUGGUAGUAAAUUUCCUUUGGAUAUUAAAAUAUCUUAAGUAUCAAUAAUUUUAACAUACUAGUCAUAAUGUAUGUAGUAUUUUAAGAAAAACUGUCUGUAACCUUAAUUCAGAAACACUUCCUAUUUCAGAAGAAUGAUGCUGACAGUAAAAUGAUCCAUAGGAGGUUGUCCCCAGUACAUACUGUGGCCUUACAUUCACACCACUGUAGGGUGGACGGUGACGUGGAUGCAGGUCGUCUACUUAGAGACUGUGUUGAACUCUGCCAGUUCUUUGUUACGUGAUACAUGGAACCCAUGGCACAAUAUGGACUCUGCUGUGCCACUGAGCCCCGAGUUGCAGGGCGGUGACCUCCUGUGCUCUCCGGCAGUGGGGAGCCACCGUGGCCAGGCAGCCCACCCAGGGCGCCCACCGGGCUCACUCCUGCACCACCCGUCACUCUAGAUCGCUGGGUUUCAUCUAUGCAGUGUGCUCACGUUUUGUGUGCUCUUAGAAGCAGCUUCAUUAAACAAAUCGGUAGCUAUUUUGAAAGACUGGAGACAGAAAAAAAUAAAUCUUUGCCAAAUCCUUCAGAGAUGACUGCAUUUACGUAUGGUUCAAAAUGACUACACCAGGACUCUUCCCUGCGGCACAGCUUUUCAGGGCUGCCACUUGGUGCACCAUGUGUGCAUGUGUUUCGCUCUUCCACGCUGAAUUCUUAUGUUAAAAUAAAUGUCACAUUUUAAUUUUUUA